AUGUCAGUAAAGGAGGCCCUAUGUAUUGUGUCGAAAGUGUUCGAAGGGAACAAGAAGGAUUUAAGAGAAUUUAUCGAAAAUGUAGAUGCAGCUUUUGAAUUAGUAAAGCCAGAGGAACACGAAACAUUAUUGAAGUUCGUUAAAGCAAAGAUAACCGGUGAGGCCAGGUCGAGGUUGCAGGUGCGUGAACGCACAGGUACGUGGCAAGAGGUGAAACGCGUUUUAGAGGAAAAUUAUGCCAGUAAGCGUACUAUAGACUACUACGCAUGUAAAAUUUUCCAAGCCAGACAGGGACAAGGGGAACCGAUAGCAAUGUGGGCAAGCAGAAUUGAUGAAAUGCAGAGAGACUUUCGAGAAGCGGUAAACAGAGUUACGGCCAGAGAAAACGUGAAAGGUGCAAUAGAACUAGUUGAUUCCUUAGGAAGAGCGUGCUUUAUGCAGGGUUUAAGUAAUGACAGAAUACAAACAAUAGUGAGAAGCAGAGGCGAUGAAAUUACAUUGGCAGCAGCAGUGGAGUUGGCACUGCAGGAAGAGAGUGCGAUAUUGUCCAUGAAAGAGCGGGGACUAGCCUCGAGGGUAACAUACACUCGAAAUAAAGAAGCUGUAAAAAACGUGAGAGAAAGUAAAGAGUUGAAAUGUUUCAAUUGUGGGCUGAGGGGUCACAUACCCAGCAAGUGUAGGAAAAUCAGGCCAGAGCAUUGA